AUGGCCGCGGCUGCUCUCCCGCCCCGGCCGCUACUCCUGCUGCCGCUGCUGCUGCUGCUGAGCGCCCGCCCCGCGCGCGCCGACAGUAAGGUGUUUGGGGACCUGGACCAGGUGAGGAUGACCUCAGAGGGCUCCGACUGCCGUUGCAAGUGCAUCAUGCGGCCCCUGAGCAAGGAUGCGUGCAGCCGAGUACGCAGUGGGCGGGCGCGCGUGGAGGACUUCUACACGGUGGAGACCGUGAGCUCGGGCACUGACUGCCGCUGCUCCUGUACCGCGCCUCCCUCCUCUCUCAAUCCCUGUGAGAAUGAGUGGAAGAUGGAGAAACUCAAAAAGCAGGCGCCCGAGCUCCUCAAGCUGCAGUCCAUGGUGGAUCUCCUGGAGGGCACGCUAUACAGCAUGGACCUGAUGAAGGUGCACGCCUACGUCCACAAGGUGGCCUCCCAGAUGAACACACUGGAAGAGAGCAUCAAGGCCAACCUGAGCCGGGAGAACGAGGUGGUGAAGGAGAGCAUGCGCCACCUCAGCGAGCAGUUGAGGCACUAUGAGAAUCACUCCGCCAUCAUGCUGGGCAUCAAGAAGGAGCUGUCCCGCCUGGGCCUCCAGCUGCUGCAGAAGGAUGCCGCCGCCGCCACUGCCCCUGCCACCCCUGCCACGGGCACUGGUAGCAAGGCCCAGGACACAACUGGAGGAAAAGGCAAGGACAUCAGCAGGUAUGGCAGUGUGCAGAAGAGCUUUGCAGACAGAGGCCUCCCAAAACCUCCCAAGGAGAAGCUGCUGCAGGUGGAGAAGCUGAGGAAGGAGAGCAGCAAGGGCAGGUUCCUCCAGCCCACAGCCAAGCCCCGUGCCCUGGCCCAGCAGCAGGCUGUGAUCCGGGGCUUCACCUACUACAAGGCGGGCAAGCAGGAGGUGACCGAGGCGGUGGCAGAUAACGCCCUCCAGGGCACUUCCUGGCUGGAGCAACUGCCGCCCAAGGUAGAGGGCAGGUCCAACUCCGCAGAGCCCAACUCCGCAGAGCAGGAUGAGGCUGAGCCCAGGUCCUCAGAGGGAGUGGACCUGGCUCCUGGCACCCCCACCUCAGUCCCUGCCACCACCACCACCACCGCCAUGACCACCCCAACCCCCACCACCAGUCUCCUGCCCACCGAGCCACCUUCAGGUCCAGAAGUCUCCAGCCAAGGCAGAGAGGCGAGCUGUGAGGGCACCCUCCGGGCUGUGGACCCCCCCGUGAGGCACCACAGCUAUGGGCGCCACGAGGGAGCCUGGAUGAAGGACCCUGCAGCUCGAGACGACAGGAUCUAUGUCACCAACUACUACUAUGGAAACAGCCUGGUGGAGUUCCGCAACCUGGAAAACUUCAAGCAAGGCCGCUGGAGUAACAUGUACAAGCUGCCCUACAACUGGAUUGGCACGGGCCACGUGGUGUACCAGGGCGCCUUCUACUACAACCGCGCCUUCACCAAGAACAUCAUCAAGUAUGACCUGCGUCAGCGCUUCGUGGCCUCCUGGGCGCUGCUGCCCGACGUGGUAUACGAGGACACCACACCCUGGAAGUGGCGCGGCCACUCGGACAUCGACUUUGCCGUGGAUGAAAGUGGCCUGUGGGUCAUCUACCCCGCCGUGGACGACCGCGAUGAGGCCCAGCCCGAGGUGAUCGUCCUGAGCCGCUUGGACCCUGGCGAUCUCUCGGUGCACCGGGAGACCACGUGGAAGACACGGCUGCGGCGGAACUCCUAUGGGAACUGCUUCCUGGUGUGUGGCAUCCUGUAUGCCGUGGACACAUACAACCAGCAGGAAGGCCAGGUCGCCUAUGCUUUCGACACGCACACGGGCACCGACGCACUCCCCCAGCUGCCCUUCCUCAACGAGCACGCCUACACCACCCAGAUCGACUACAACCCCAAGGAGCGGGUGCUGUACGCCUGGGACAAUGGCCACCAGCUCACCUACACCCUCCACUUUGUGGUCUGAGUGGAGACCUGUGCUCCCAGGAGAGGGGCAGCAGUGCGGGAGGGGCUCUCCACAGCAGCUCCUGCAACUGACCCAGUCCGCAAAUAUUUAUUGGGGGCCAGCCCAGGGCUGGGACUGGGCAUGAGGUGGUCACCAGGAUUGAGCUUCCUCAGCAACCAGUGGGUAAUACUUGCUUCCACUUGCAGAGCCCCGUGCCAAGCACUUCCCACACACUUACCCACCUGAUUCUCCCAGCACCUCCCUUGGAGGUAGAGAUCAUGAACCCAUUUAACAGAUGAGGAGACAGAGGCUCAGAGAGGCACCAUCCGUUGCCUCAUGCCUCAGUUGUGAUCAGGCAGACUGUGCUCUCACGACAGCCCCGUUUUACAGAUGAGGACACUUCAACACACCGUCCCCUCCCUGCCCUCUCCCAUCUCCCCUGGUCUCCCUUGUUCUCUCAACUCUCUCUCCCUUCCCAGGACCACUCAGAACCAGAGGCCUUUAGGGCCAGUGUGCUGGUGUCGGGUGGAGGCCCUGGCUCUGCCUGCCAUCCCGGGGCUCUGUUCUGGCUGAGUUGUUGGUGGCCCUGGGCUUUGGGUCCCUUAGCCAAUGUCCUUGCCUCUUGUCUUUGGCCAGUCCCCCAGCCCAGCCCACCCCACCCGCUGUCCGGCCACAUUCCAAACCUCUACCGUCACCUAGCUGCUGAGCAGAAACCACACCCCGAGAGAAAAUCCCGUCCUCUGUUCCAAGGCCCCUUUCUGCUCUGCGCUCAUUUUUAUUUUCUCUUAUUCUUCAUCAGUGCCGUCAUUUGUUUCUGCAGCAGCAGCUGAGAAGGCAGCAGGCAGCUGUGCCAGGGUGGGGAGCUGAGCUGAGGCUCCCUCUCCACCCAGAAGCACUGGCGUUGCUCACAUAGUUAGACCUUGGGUCCCCUCCCUGAUUCAUCCCAGAGCCUUUGGGCCUGGAGUCCGCCUUGUCCUUUCUCUCUGGGCUUUCAAACCCAUAACCUUUACACACUCAGGGAUACCUCCGGGUCUGCCAUGAAUAAGACCCUAGGCCCAAGGCUGGCGUGGUGCCAGGAUGACACAGUUUCCCUCUUCCUUGCCAGCCCUGACCUGGCCCAGCAGCCUGAGGGCUGCAGAAGACACGGUGUGAGUAGUUGGUCCAGCGGAGGCAUCAGGCCUUCUUUUUGCAGGAGAGAACCAGAGGGUGGGAACGGGGAGGGAAGAACUGAGGGUCUGCAGACUGGACUUUUCCUGGCUUCAGAGUCCAACCCCAGGACUUGGGUUGAGCAUGCACGGGGGGACCACCUUGCCCAGGGCCACUGAUGGCUCCCCAGAGCCUCAGACCCACACAGCCCAAAGGACAAGGCCUUCAAGCCUGCCCCUCUUCUGCUUUGUUUAGACAGUAUUUUUAGAGCUGGAAAGAAAUUUUCUAGCCCAGCUCCCUGUUUUAUGAAAGAGAAAGAGGCUCAGAAAAGUUGAGAGAGCAGCUGAGUGUCACACUGGGAGCUGGGCACAGACAAUCUUCCAGAAGGUUCUGUCAUGGAGGCUGCCCUACCUGGGAAGGCACCCCAGCACCUGUGAAGGACAUUACUACUCAUCCCCAGCCGCUCCCUAGCCCUUGCUGCCUUCAUUCUGUCCCGAUGCCAGCUCCCGGGAUGUCUGUAAGUUUGAAUACCAGUUGCCAUGUUAGGAAAGUCAGCUGCACAGCCAAGAGUGUA